AUGAAUAUUCUAUUAUCUCUACUUUACAAAGAUAUUGAUGAAAGUUGUUAUUCAAAGGAUGGCAAGACACUUAUUAAAGUGAAUAAUACAUCACCACACCUCAGAAUAUCAGCCAAAUGUGAAAUAAUACAAUUAUUGUGUUUUUAUAAAUUAAAUUCAUUAAUUUCGUUUUCAUUUGAAGAAAAUCCUAACUUAACAACAAUUGGAAAAGAAAGUUUUUCUAAUUGCAAGAAUCUCACUUGUAUUAAUUUAUCAUCUUGCAAUAAACUUAAAAUAAUUUCAAUGUAUGCAUUUUAUUCUUGCGAAAAAGUUUCUGAAAUUUUCUUACCAAAGGGACUUCUCGAAAUACAAUUUCGAGCCUUUUACAGUAAUAAACUAGUAAAAAAUUUAAUAAUCCCUGCUUCUGUUGAAAAAAUAGAUGAAGCAAUUUGCGAACAUUGCGAAAAUCUCGAAAAUAUCAUUUUUGAAGAAGGUUCGAAUUUGACUCACUUGGUAAACUCAUUAUUUUAUGGAACUAAAAUCACUUCAUUUCAAAUUCCAGAAAGUGUCAGUAAAAUUGAUGGAGUUGCAUUGCCUGACAAAUUAACAAAUCUUACAAUCCACCCAAAAAAUAAGCAUUUAAUAAUCGAAAACAAUGCUAUAUUUUCUUCAGAUAAAAAGAUUUUAUUCUAUUUUAAUAAUAAAUCUUUCAAAACUUAUGAAAUUCCUGAUUCAAUCACAACUUUAGGUGAUUAUUCAUUCUACAUGUCUAGAAUUGAAUCAAUCGCUUUACCAGAUUCUGUUACAUCUAUAGGUUAUAAAUGCUUUGAAAGUUCAAAUGUUAUGAAAAUUACAUUAUCGCAGUCUCUGAUUUCUAUUGGAGAAUAUUGCUUCCAUUAUUCAAAAUUAAUCUCUAUUACAAUACCAAAAAGUGUUAAAAAUAUUGAAAACUUUGCUUUUAUUAGAUGUUAUGACUUGAUAAAUGUUACAUUUUUAGGGACUUUUGAUUAUGCUGGGAAUCAAAUUUUAGACUAUUGUGAAAAUCUAGAACUAAUUAUUUUUCCCAAUUCAUCAAUGAGCGUUGAUUUUAGUAUGUUUAUAUAUGGUGAAACCCCAAAAUUAAGAAUGAUAUUCACGUACAAGACAAUGUUCUUUUAUAAUAGAAUUAAUAGAAAUGUAAAUGUUUCAAUUUCUUACAUGAACAUAUCAAAUCUUAUUAUCACACCUGGUUCAUUAAUUAUGGAUUCGAGUCAAACUGUUAUCUAUGAAUGUUGGGUAUUUUCCGAAUAUUUCUCUGAAACUGUUCUAAUCCCCAAAACAGUCACAACUAUCAAAGAAAGAGCGUUCGAAAAUACAAAUGUUCCACACAUAGAUUUUGAAGAAGACUCACAAUUGUUUUCGAUCGAGAACUAUGCAUUCAGAAACUGUUCGAUGUUGUUAUCAUUUAAUUUUUCUUCUACUUCUUUAAGAUACAUAGGAAUUGAAUCAUUUAAAGAUUGUGUUAAUUUAUCAUCUCUGAGCUUUGUUUCAAAUAAUUUAUUUGUUAAGAAUAAUGCAUUUGAAAAUUGUAUUAAAUUAGUGAAUGUAAGUAAUAUCUUGAAUGUUCCUGAUAAUUGUUUUAGUGGUUGUAUUAAUUUGUCAUAUGUAUUUAUAGGUGAAAGUUCAACAUUGAUUGGUAUUAAAUCAUUUGAGAAUUGUUUUAAUUUAGAAAGUAUAAGUACCCCAUCAUCUGUUGAAAAAGUAUCAGAGUACUCAUUUAUGAACUGCAUUAAACUUAAAUCAAUAAUAUUCAUAGAAACAAAUUCUCUUAUUGAAAUAUCAAAUAAUUCAUUUGCAGGAUGUAAUUCACUUCAAAACAUAUCUAAUUUCGGAUCAGAUAAAUACAAAUGUAUUGAUAAUACUAUUUAUUAUAAAAAUGAAACAGGUGAAUAUCUAAUAUUUCAUCUUAAUCAUUCAUUAGAUAAAACUCUUAUUAUCAAUUGCAGCGUUAUCUGCAGUUAUUCAAUCAACGAGUGCAACAACAUAUAUAACAUCACUAUUCUUCCAAAGAGUGUUUCAUUGAUUGAAAAAUAUUCAUUUAACAACUGUUUGAAUCUUCAACACAUCAACUUCCCUCUUUCAGUUGAAACUGUUGAUUGCAAGUCAUUUGUUGAAUGUCAUUCUAUUCGAUGUCCUCUUAUUAUUGAGAACACAAAACUUGAUUACAUCAGAAUGAUUGUAUAUUCGGGAAUUCCUCGUAAACUUAUUCUUUCAUGUGAAGUCAUUUAUGAUACACGCAAUUUUGAAACACAAUACAAUUUUGAUAUUGGGUCGAUAACAUUUUUAUUGGCUCCAUAUUUUUAA